CUGCGCAUGCGCCAGAACGGUUGCCUCGCUCCCGGAAGUGAAGGGUCUGCUCAGAGCGCCGCUGGGUCUGUGUGCCCGGAGGCAGCAGCGCUCGCGGAGCUCGCCUGCCGGCCCCCGACCGCCAUGUCGGCCUUCGACACCAACCCCUUCGCGGACCCAGUGGACGUAAAUCCCUUCCAGGACCCCUCCGUGACCCAGCUGACCAAUGCCACGCAGGGUGGCCUGGCUGAAUUCAACCCCUUCUCCGAGACAAAUGCGGCGACAACGGUUCCUGUCGCGCCGCUUCCUGGGCCCUCGCAGCCAGCGGUUCUCCAGCCCUCGGUGGAACCAACCCAGCCAACGCCCCAGGUAUGGUGGGCAGGGGGCGGCAGGUUCCUGCCUGCACGGCUCCUGGUGGUGGGCCAGCUCUCAGGGCAGAUGCUGCUGGCAGGAGAUAGCGCGCUCAGGGACAGCUGCAUGCGGAAGCUGCCGCGGGCCGUGGCUUCUGCAGCCCAGGCAGGCCUGCUCCGGCAGCAGGAGGAACUGGACAGGAAGGCUGCCGAGCUGGACCGCAAGGAGCGGGAGCUGCAGAACACGGUGGCCAACCUGCACGUGAGAGAGAACAACUGGCCGCCCCUGCCUUCCUGGUGCCCAGUCAGGCCGUGCUUCUAUCAGGACUUCUCCACAGAGAUCCCUGCCGACUACCAGCGGAUAUGCAGGAUGCUCUACUACCUCUGGAUGUUGCACUCGGUGACUCUGUUUCUGAACCUGCUCGCCUGCCUGGCCUGGUUCUCGGGCGACAGCUCCAAGGGCGUGGACUUCGGCCUCUCCAUCCUGUGGUUCCUCAUCUUCACCCCCUGUGCCUUCCUGUGCUGGUACCGACCCAUCUAUAAGGCCUUUAGGUCCGACAACUCCUUCAGCUUCUUCGUCUUCUUCUUUGUAUUUUUUUGUCAAAUAGGGAUCUACAUCAUCCAGUUGGUUGGCAUCCCUGGCCUGGGGGACAGUGGUUGGAUUGCAGCCCUGUCGACGCUGAAGCAAGAGUCGCUGGCCGUGUCCAUCAUCAUGAUGGUGGUGGCCGGCUUCUUCACGCUCUGCGCCGUGCUCUCUCUCUUCCUCCUGAAGCGGGUGCACUCCCUGUACCGGCGGACAGGGGCCAGCUUCCAGCAGGCCCAGGAGGAGUUUUCCCAGGGCAUCUUCAGCAACAGAACCCUGCGCGGCGCGGCCUCGUCCGCGGCCCGAGGCGCCUUCCAGGGCAAUUAGUGCUGAGUGCCCUCUGCCCAGCCUCGCUGUCGCCUGCCUUCUGAGCUGCACUUUCCGUGGGUGCCUUACGCGGUGGUUACGGCCGGCACGGCCGGCGGGGGUCCAGCCAUGGCUCUGCCUCCUUCCGAGCGACUGGCUGACCCGUCCACCAGGGGAGGGGCGGGAGGGGCAGGGCCUUUUUUACACAAGACAAAAGAAAAAAAACACAACUGUCUGUCUCCUCGGCGGGGCCCCGGGCGGAUCCCUGGACUCCGUGGGCUGAAGCUGUCCGCUCCCUGGCACUCGGGGGGCACUGGCUGGCCUGGGCCCACCCACCUGGAGUCUUCUGCAGGGUCCGCCCUCCUGCCCGAGCCGGUGGGUGGAUAGCUCUGUUCCGCAGGUCACGCGGAGUGACCAUCUGGCUUCCAGAGCUGCUGACCUGGCUGCCCCAGGCCCCAGCACCCACCGGGUGGGGGCCCUCCCCGAGCCCUUCUCUCUCGAGACUUGGUGCCCGUGCAGAGGUGCUGGGAGGAGUCGGGGACUCUGACCCGCAGCGUCCUGCCCUGCCUCUGCUGUGGUUAGCCCGGCCCCGUUCCGUUCCCUUGACUUCUCGGUGCUGGGGCGCAGCUGCCCUUUGCCUUAGCCUCAGCGUCACCACCCGUGCCCUGCCCUGCCCUGCCCCAGGAGCUGCGUCCCCAGGCAGGACCGAGGGGCCCGCAGGGUCGAGCCUGGGUCACCUUCACUCGCCUGUGCCAGCACCGGUCCUCCCCAGGCCGCGGGCCUCGGCCCUGGACUGCCAGCCUGGCCGGCCUGCCUCCCCGCCUCCUCCUCCUGCCUGUGGGACCCGAGGCUGCCCUGAGGCUGUCCCGGGGCUGGGCCGUCUGGGCCGAGGCGCCCAGUGAGGGCGGCAGCCACCAGGGUUGUGUAAACUCUUCUGAUAUUCUCUCCUCCAUGUACAAAUGUAUAUGUCAUGUCUCAAUUUUUGUGCUUAAAUAAAGAUUUUCUGACAA